UUUCUGUUUUGAGGGAAUUUGACUGGCAGUGUGUAGAAGCCCUCCCAACUUUACGGAACUGUUUAGGAAUUUGUGCUUUAUGGAAACUGUGACAUACAAUCGGAUUAUGUGUUUGGAUUAACAACGUAAUUAAUUCCCAUGUUUAAACGUCAGUGGAAGGAAUAAUUCCGUUGUGUCAUUAUCAUGGACGAUACACAAAGGCUCAGCGUAAUGCAUCCGCAACAAGGAGCUGUUAGUAUGUCGGGACCCGAAAAUAUGAUUCAACAAUAUAAUCUACAACCAACAGGGCAAGAACCUUCAGAACAACGAAAACAGGAAAUUGGUGACAUUUUGCAACAAAUAAUGACGAUAACUGACCAAAGUUUAGACGAAGCGCAAGCAAGGUGCCGAAAACACACCUUGAACUGUCAUCGAAUGAAACCUGCAUUAUUCAGUGUAUUAUGCGAAAUCAAAGAAAAAACGGUACUGAGUAUAAGGAACUCCCAAGAAGAGGAGCCACCAGACCCACAACUUAUGCGACUUGACAACAUGUUAAUAGCAGAGGGAGUGGCAGGACCAGAAAAAGGGGGCGGCUCAUCAGCAGCAGUUAAUGCCACAGCGGCAGCAUCCGGUGGCCAACCUGACAGUGCCAUAGAACAUUCAGACUACCGCGCCAAACUGGCACAAAUAAGACAGAUUUACCACACUGAACUGGAGAAAUACGAACAGAGCGAUGGGUCAGAAAUCAAAAACUCAGACUACGAGGCAAAACUCGCCCAGAUUCGCCAGGUCUACCAAACCGAGUACGGAAAAUAUGAACAGGCGUGUAAUGAGUUUACAACACAUGUUGUCAACCUCCUUAGAGAACAGAGUCGCACACGCCCAAUUGCACCCAAAGAAAUUGAGCGUAUGGUUGGCAUCAUUCGUAAAAAGUUUGCUGCCAUUGAGAUGCAGCUGAAACAGAGCACAUGUGAAGCUGUCAUGAUCCUUAGAUCGAGGUUCCUGGAUGCAAGGAGGAAAAGAAGAAACUUCAGUAAACAAGCUACAGAGGUGCUAAACGAGUACUUCUACUCACACCUAAGUAACCCAUACCCCAGUGAGGAGGCGAAGGAGGAACUAGCACGCAAAUGUGGCAUAACCGUAUCACAGGUUUCAAAUUGGUUUGGCAACAAGAGAAUUCGUUACAAGAAAAACAUUGGUAAAGCACAAGAGGAAGCUAACCUGUAUGCUGCCAAAACAGCUGCUGCAGCUGCAGCUGUGGGUCACGAUGGGCAAGGUGGAGCUGCUGGCUAUAACUUGGGAUCAUCACAGGGAGGCAUCGGAGGCCAGGGCAGCGGCAUGUACAUGAACCUCAACGGAGACAACUACCAAAGCAGCGAUAACUCGGCGACUCCUCUGAGAAGUACUGCAGGCAGUCAUGGGGGAUCUCCCCCAGAUAUAGAUCGCAAACCAGAAGAUAGCGUGGACAGCUGGACAGCCGGACAGACAUCACUUGGUGGACAGACACCACUUGGCUUCAUGCACAACAUGGAUGGUGAUGGUGGGGAGGGAUACAACCCUCACGAGCAGGAAGACAUCAAGAGACCUCUAGUCUGAAGCCAUCUGACAUGGAGGAGGACAAGGAAGUUUUUAGGAAUUGGCUAUAAAGACAUCAUGAGCAAACUUGAUUGCUGAAAUAGACUAUCAUAUAAUGUUAAACACUAAAUUUAAGGAUUCUCAACACCUAGUCUGUAAUACUGUCAUCUCUCAUAUUCUGACUAUUCAUAUUCAGAAGAUUGUGACAUCUUUGUUAUAGCGAUGCCUUUCAUCGCUCUUUAUGUAAGAUGUGUUGUUUUCCUUCAUUUUAACAUUGAUAACAUUCUAGUCAACUCAACGGUGAACGUUCCAGAGAUUUUAAAUAUUACUUAAAAACAUUCAGUGGACAAAUGUGUAUUCUGUCUACUGUGGAUCAGAUCAUAUCUUGUGUAGCAUUUGUUCAUUCUUAAUUUGAUGUUUGAUAGGACUGAAGUAGUACUGCUUUACUGUGUAACAGGCUAUUUGACCUAGUCAUAUUUAAAAUAUGUAGGCAAGUUAAUAUAAAAGAUGACUUUCACUUCUGACAAAAUUACUCUCAAUAUUGUUUGAUUAUGACAUUCCAUAAUAGGAAUUUACCCAAAAGGUUGUCAGUGUAUCUAGAUAUCUCUGAAUUACAACACCACAACAAAGUGUUACAUAUUUAUCUAGAUAUCUCUGAAUUACAACACCACAACAAAGUGUUACAUAUUUAUCUAGAUAUCUCUGAAUUACAACACCACAACAAAGUGUUACAUAUUUAUCUAGAUAUCUCUGAAUUACAACAUCACAGUAAAUUAGUUUAUGAAGUAUAUCUAGUUAUUUCUGUAUUAUGCUUUAUACUGACAAAAUCACAGAUUGCCCCUACAAUAUGUUGUUUCUAUUCCAUAGUGUUCUGAAGUCAAUAGACUUUGUGUUAGAGAUUCUGGAAAAAAAAUUCUGCAUUGUUUAGUUUAUGGCGUUGAUAUUGAAAACUUGCCAUCAUAAUUUGGUGCUUAUUGAUCUGAAUCCGUUUGUAUUUCUGUGUGUAGAUAAAAGUUUGUAGAGUCCAGCAUGCAUUCUUAUCCUAGCCUGAAGUUGAGAAUCACAUUUCUUAAAGUUUAUUUAAAUAUGUGAGUGUGAUUUUCACGUGUUGCCCAGGAGGAUGCAAUCUAAGCUUCAAUGAUUUUAUGGAUGAAUGAUUUUAUGGAUGAAUGAUUUUCAAAUGUUGAAUGUGAAUUUCAUAUAUUCGUACAAAACAAAUGAAUAUGAAUUGUUGAACAGUAUAGUAUAAAUUUUAUAAAAUUUACUGCUAUCUGGUAAUGUCUUGUUGUAGGGAAUAUAUAUAUACUAACAAACUGCUUAUAGAAAUGUGUUUCUAGAAUAAGUAUACUUCUUGAAAUCUGAUGUGGUAUAGAGUUGAAACAAAACCAUAUGUAUAGAAAUCUGAUCAGUAGUUGUGACAGAAACACAUAUUUUGGCAGCAUAUUUAUCACACCAGACAAAAUCUUCAUGACGUGACACUAUCACAACAGAAAAUAACUAAAAUUACAUUUAUAUAGAACUUAAGUAUUCUAACGUGAUAGAAUAUAUGUUUCGUAAUGUUAAGUAGAGUAUUUACGAAGGUUGUUUAGUAAUGUUUAGUAAUUAAUUAGCGGACAUUCCCGACAGGUUGGAGAAACAAGUUAUUGUGUGUUAUUGUGUAUGUGUUAUGGUGCCAUUGAACAACUUUAAAUUUAUUGAUUUUGUCUGCAUUAAGUGCAGUAGCUUUGAUACCCACACCAUGGAUUGUGUGCUCCUAAAUGUACUCGUAAUCACAUCUUUUAUGGUCCUAACAACCAUUUCAACUGCAGAGUAUUUUUUUUUACAACAAAGAAAUCAAUGUAGUAAAUGAGAAAAUUACUAGAAAAUUUUGUGAUAUCAAAAGACAUUAACUCGUGAAGUUUGACACAGCAUGUCGGGUCAAUGAUUUGGGUUUUAUUUACGAGAAUAUGACUGCCCAUAGCACAUAGGGUCAGUGAUUUGAGUUUUAUUUACAAGGAUAUGACUGCCAAUCCUCUCAAAAAUACAAAGUAAAUCUAUUACCAUAACAAAAAUUAAAGAAAUGUGUUUUUGUUUCUAACGUCUUGUAACCGUCAUUACCAAUUUGAUGUCAAAAAAUAAACUAUGAUGCUUUUAA